UUGAGUUUUCGGUUUUUGAAUAUUUUGGAACUCAAACGGUCUUCCGGAACGGAUUGCGUUCGAAAACCGAGGUUUUUGUAAAAAGAAACGAAACACGCCCAACUUCUACACGCCCAUCUGGGCUGGCUUGCUUAAAAGCAGAAUGUUUUGAUCUGACACCCGGGAGUCACAGUUCAACUGAACUUUUGUCUCUCAGGUGCACAUUGCGCUCCCAUCCUUUCUGGAGAAUACAAAGUAAGCAAGGCGGCCCCAAAAUGUCCAGCUUCUCGUGUUUGCUGCUCUCCUUGCAGGGUGCAUGGGCAGCCGUGAUAAUCCAAGUCCCUUCAUCCCCAGUCCAGGCAGGGCCACACUCUAAUGUAUCCCUGCCUUGCCACUUCUCCUUAGACCCUCCCAGGCCCAUAAACGUUGAUUUCCUGAUUGUGAGAUGGUCGCUGAGAGGAAAAAACAUUGCAAAGUUCGAUACCAGCAUCACAGUGUUUAGACCGAGGGGAGCAGUGCUUGAUGCGACGCGGCUGCCAGAGGGAAACGCCACCCUCUACCUCUCGGACGUAAGGGAGGAGGAUGCCGGGGAGUAUACGUGUUUUGUUCUCCAUACUCCUGACAGUGCUGAAGGGAAGGUGGCAUUGAAAUUAGAAGCUCCCCCACGCCUAACACUCGGCCCCACAGGAGUGCCGCUGGGAAAACCAAGCACUUUGACAUGUACAGCAUCCGACUUUUACCCCGACAGCGUCUCUGUGAAGUGGCUGCGAGGCAGUGAGACUCUGAAAGUUGACUCACCCCCUGCCAAGCGUGGGCCCAAUUACCUCUUCUAUGCACAAAGUGUCCUGGAGUUCACACCACAAAUCUCAGACGCUGGUGUCACCUUCUCAUGCCUCAUCCAACACCAAGCAGCAAAAGACCCAAUCCGUCAAGAUAUUGAGCUGAAGGUGGUAGCUCACCCAGAACUUCAUAUGCUCACCAGGCCACCAGGGAAGACGUUCUUUGUAGCUGAGUGCCUAGUGUGUGGGUUUUACCCACAAAGUGUUACAGUGCAGUGGCUGCAAAAUGGGGAGCCGGUACAAGCGGGAAUAUACGAGUCUGAAGUUGAACAAAAUCCUAAUGGGACGUUCUCAACUGGAAGCGUCUUCUUCCCACAGCAGGGCCAUUUUGCAGCCAGUUAUACCUGCCAGGUACAACAUGAAGCACUGGAGGCACCACUGGAGGAGAUGAUCUCCUGGGAGCCAGAAGCUCCAGGAUACUUUGGAUCACCGUUGACUUGGCUUCUAGGAUCUCUGGGACACCUUGUGGGACUUGGCAUGGGAAUUGGAGCGACGUUGAUGUACCAAAGGCGCAGAGCCAAGUAUAAGCAAGCUGAACUGAAUGACCAAACCCUCCUGAAGAAGACGUCGAAAGUCAGGAGGGAAAAUCAAGAUAAUGUUUUGGUUAUUUAACAGUCCACGGAAUGAAAUUUUGGCACAGGGUUGUUCCAGGCAAUGCAAUAUUGUUCCAUUUCAUUAUGUAUUUCCUUAAAAAUGCAUUUCUAGUAUGAUAAUUGCAGGAGGCUUCGUUUUAAAGUCAAGACGAUUUAAAUAAUUUA